AUGAAGAGCCCCCGGGAGGCCGGCGAGCCACCGCCAGUUGACUGCAUCCAGCUGAAAGUGCCAGUGAUUCAGCAGCUGUACCACUGGGACUGCGGGCUGGCCUGCUCCAGGAUGGUGCUUCAGUACCUGAAUCAUUUGGACAAUGAUGAGUUUCAGAAAGCCAUCCAGGAACUCCAGUUAACAAAGAGUAUCUGGACUAUUGACCUGGCCUACUUAAUGCGGCACUUCGGAGUUAGGCAUAAAUUUUGCACCCAGACACUCGGAGUGGACAAGGGCUACAAAAAUCAGUCAUUUUACAGGAAGCACUUUGACACAGAAGAGAAUCGAGUGAAUCAGCUCUUUGCACAAGCCAAAGACUGCAAGGUGCUGGUGGAGAAAUGUGGUUACACAUGCUUCUGCAGGAGCCCUGACUACCAGGGCCACUUCAUUGUGUUAUGUGGCUACAACAAAGCCUCAGGGAGUAUUUACUACAACAACCCUGCCUAUGCUGACCGAACAUGCUGCACCAGCAUCAGUAACUUUGAGGAAGCCAGGACAAGUUAUGGCACUGAUGAAGAUAUUCUGUUCAUCUACACAGACAGCUGACACUCACCAAGGA